AUGGAUGCAUUGAGGAAACAAGCCAGCAAGUUGAGAGAACAAGUUGCCAAGCAACAACAAGCUGUCAUAAAGCAGUUCAGUGGCACGGGUUAUGAAAGCUCAGAUGUAAUGGUUAUUGAUGAAGUUGAGAUGCACAGACAUCAGCAGCUAGAGAAGCUGUACAGGUCGACACGUUCAGGGAAGUAUGUGUUAUCUCACUUUAGCAUAUUAUCAGUGAGGUUUGGUAGGGACAGCAACCCUAUUAAGAUGAAGGACGGCACUGAUUUCCAGAAGGAUAUUGUUAAAGCAGCAGAAGCCUUUACGGCCAUAGGGUACAGACAUAUUGAAGCAGGAACCAAGUUGUCUGAGGACUGCUGGAGAUAUGGAGCUGAGAACAUCAACGAGAACAUACUAGCUAAGGCUGCAGCUAUAUAUGGUGAUGCUUGUAAACAUGUGGAACAGGAGCAGGAAGACUUGAAUCACCUGUUAUCUGCACAGAUUUUAGAACCCUUGAGAGCAAUGAUUAAUGGUACUCCUUUGGAAGAUGCCCGCCAUCUUGCUCAACGAUAUAGUCGGAUGAGACAGGAAGCAGAAGCACAGGCGGCAGAGGUUUCUAGAAGACAAGCACGAGUACGGGAAUCUCCAAUACCUGAAAAUAUUGCAAAGCUGCAUGCAGCAGAAGCAAGGAUGCAAGAACUAAAGGCAAACAUGGCAGUUCUUGGUAAAGAAGCUGCAGCUGCAUUGGCUGCUGUUGAAGCACAACAGCACAGAUUGACUUUUCAACGGCUUGUCGCCAUGGUUGAAGGACAAAAGAAUUAUCAUCUGAGAAUUGCUGCUAUUCUUAGUGAGGUUGAAGCUGAGAUGGUCUCAGAGAAACAGCAAAAAGAGUCGGCUCCUCCAGUGAUCCUGCCUCCUGCUAUUCCAUUAGAGAAUGGCUCAGAGAAAACCACAUACUUUUUGGCUGAAGCAACACAUCCUUUCAUUGCAGAAACAGAGAAAGAGCUGAGCUUGGCUGUGGGUGACUAUAUUGUUGUGAGAAAGGUGAGUCCAACUGGGUGGUCAGAAGGAGAAUGCAAAGGAAAAGCUGGGUGGUUCCCAUCAGCAUAUGCAGAGAAGCGCCAGAGGAUUCCCACCAUGGAUGGCUGCCAAGUAAUCAAACCUAAUCCCACAUAUACCACUACACAGAAGUUCGAUUUUUUUGACAUUUUCCCUGGAGGUUCAUAUAACAUCCUAAUGCCUCCUUUCCAUCAGAUGAGCCCCAAAACUGGGGAAACUACGCCAAGUUUAGCGGCAGCAACGGAGCUCUUCCCUUGGUUAUGUGCAGGGGUGCUCGGAACAGAAUCAAACAUAAAUGGGCUCUUCCCUGCGAACAUGCUAUCUCCAUGUGACGACCCUGUUUUUAUUGGAUUUAAACCAAAUUCACCAAUGCCAAAAUCCAUGUCCUGCAAGAACAAUAUUAGAUCAAUCCAUUCAGAUUUUUUUGCAUGA